AUGUUCUCGAGCAAGAAGUCAAAGAGGAUCGUUGAUGGUAAUCACUAUGAAAACCACUACGCAGUGGCCGUCAAAUUGGCCAGAGACGAGGAUCCGGUGCAGCAGGCCUUCGUCCACCGCCGCUGCACGAUCACACAGCAGCAGUGGGAGACUUAUCUGGGCGUUGAGGGCACUGCAUCCGGGCCCGGCAGUGGAAACGAGUAUGCCAAUGGCCAGGCAUCUGCCACUGGAACAGCAGCUGUGCAGCACAAGGGGGGCCUUCUGCGCAGGAACACCUCCACCUAUGACAUGGAGGCCUCUGGCCGCAAUGUCAGGAGGAGAGGCGCCAGGUCCCCCCGGUCAAUCUUUGGGCUGCCCAUCAUCAGCCCGCUGGCGCCCUUUGCCAAGAUCUGGUCGAGCAUGAUUCUGGCGCUGGACCUGAUCUACACAGCGUUCCUGAUUCCCAUCCUUGUGUCCUUUGAGGUCCCAGACAUCGGCUGGACCUGGGGGUGCAUCAUCAACCUGAUAGCAGGCACCAUCUACUUCAUGGAGCUGCUGCUCAACUUCCACAUCGGCUUCAUCGGCAAGUGGGGCUCUCAGAAAAAAGUCUUCAUCGACGGCAAGGCUGUAGCCUGGUACUACAUCACCCAAGGGCAAUUCUUUGUGGAUGUUCUCACAGCCAUUGCCUGGAUUGCUCAGAUCGUUCUGAUCAUCCUGUCAGAGAGGGGCGUUGACAUAAGCGGACCCAUUUCGACGCUGUACCAGAUAAUUCGAAUUCUGCGACUCGUCCGAUUUAUAUCGCUGAUGAACCGACUGUACGCAACUGCCAUAGCUGCCGGCGGCGCGAUCUUUCCAGUUUUGAAUUUGAAACCGCAGUACGCCUAUUUUGUCAACCUCAUCUAUGGAGGCCUGGCCAUCCUCAGCUUCCUCUCCUGCAUCAUGAAUUUUGUGUCCCGCCGUGAAUACUGCAACGGCUCGUGGCUGAGCCGCUUUGGUGUUGUGGUGAGAACUUAUGGCAGCCCAGAUUCAGUCACAGCCGGCGUUUUGAACCAGGAGGACUGCGCUGCGGUACCGGACGCUGCCAAGUGGCUCGCGGGCGCGUACUUCAUGCUUGUGACUAUGCUCUCCAUUGGUUAUGGCGACGUAACACCGGCAACAAUUACUGAGGUCAUCAUCUGCAUGUUCUGCAUGAUUGCCGGCAUCAUCUUCUUCGGCAUCCUGCUCGGAUCAAUUGCUGAUGCCCUCAACGACCUCAACAAGGAGUCAAAGAGGAUUGCAAAGUACAGGUCUCGUAUGGAGACUGUGGAUAAGUGGAUGGGAAAGCGAGGCCUGUCAAAGAGCCUCCGCAUGCGCAUCGGGCAGCACUACCAGGAGGAGUGGAUCGCCGACACAGAAGCGCUAGAAGAGGUGCAGAUCAUGGAGGAAGUGCCACACGUGCUCAGGCGGGAGAUUGCGUACGCAUGCAAUAGAAAAAUCUUUGAGCGGCUGCGCAUUUUCCACGACUUCCCUCUCGCCGAGCAGCAGACGAUCGCCGCCAUGAUGAACCCGCUGCAGAUUGCAAACAUCGUUCUGACGUGCGGCAUGCAUGCGCGCAGCGGCCGGCAGCUGCCGGCAGGUGCGGACCUGUGCGAGGCUGGUGACGUGGCAGACUGCAUCUGGCUCCUGCACGAGGGCUCCGUGGCGACAGUUGAUGCUGCGGGAUACGAGACGAGUGUCACGUCCGCAGCGGCUUUACUGGGCGAGACUGCUCUACUGCGCGAAUUGGACGAUGAAUUCCAUUUCCGGCCCUCCGCUCUGCGGACGCGUCAGAUAUGUCUGCUCUGGGUGAUUCCCAUGCGUGACCUGCUGCCCCUGCUGCGGCGCAACCCAAUGCUCUACCACAAGGCCGUGCAGGAGGCCGUCCCCAGCAUGUCCUUCGACUACCUCACCAUUAACCCCAUCGGGAAUCAAGCGGGUGGUGGUGUGGCGAGCGCUGAAUCAAUUCGCGGCGGUGGGGGCAAGCAUGGCUCCGAGCCUACCAACGGCAGCAACGGGAGCUCUCUUGUGAGCUCCAGGAAAGGAGGCUCGAGCGGGCAGAGCUUCCACGGCGUGGUGCAAAGCGCGCAGGCGGCUUCGAAUGGGAACACAGACUCGCCGAGCCGGCCGCUGCAUCCGUUGAAGAGCGCUCUGUCUGCCAAAAGCAGCCAGGGCUCAGAAGGGUGA